AUGGCCAGCAAACUAUAUCCUCUGCAGAAAGGAUUUAAUGAAAGGCAGCCAGAAACAAUACGUAUUUAUCCUCUUUCAAAUUAUGUUUUUUCUACAAAAGAAGCACAACCGGAAGAAGAUCCAAGUGUGAUUUCUCGUCUGGAUCGACUAAAAUCUCAUUAUGAAAAAAGUGGUAUGAGGAGGACCUGUGAAGGGAUUUUGGUAGUUCAUGAACAUAAUCAUCCACAUAUAUUAAUGCUUCAAAUUGCAAAUGCAUUUUUUAAGUUACCUGGUGAUUAUUUACAGCCGAAUGAAUCAGAAAUACAAGGAUUUGUAGCCAGAUUGAAUGAGCGGUUGGCACCUACUACUCCGGAAUCUCCAGAAGACACAAAAUGGGAAAUCGGAGAUUGUCUUGCUCAGUGGUGGAGACCUAAUUUUGAAACAUUUAUGUAUCCAUUUAUACCAGCACAUGUUACAAGACCUAAAGAAUGCAAAAAACUCUAUCUUGUGAAAUUACCAAAAACGAAGGUAUUAGCUGUUCCUAAAAAUAUGAAAUUAUUAGCGGUACCUCUUUUUGAAUUAUAUGAUAAUUCGGCACGUUAUGGCCCACAACUUGCAGCUAUUCCACAAUAUCUAGCGAAAUAUAAUUUCGAAUUCGUAGAUUCUAACGAUAAAGUUAUUGUACAAACACCUGGGAAUACACUGGGAGAUGGGACUGUUGUAAGAAAUAAUGUACAUUAG